UUCUUGGACAGAAUUGAGUCGGUGAGGUCGAAUGACUACACACCAACAGAUCAGGUAAGAUGACUUUUUAACGAUCUAAAGCAUGGCUAAAAAUGUAGUAAUAAAAUGACAUGUCAAAUGUUACCAACCAUAGCUGUAGCUGUAUUGCUUAAUCAAUAAGCACUGUGUAGUAAAACAUCAUACACUUUUAGUCUCUCUCUCUCUCUCUCUCUCUCUCUCUCUCUCUCUCUCUCUCUCUCUCUCUCUCUCUCUCUCUACCUCUCUCUCUCUCUCUCUACCUCUCUCUCUACCUCUCUCUCUACCUCUACCUCUCUUUUCUACUCAUUCCUUUUGUGCAUCUCUUCAUCUCUGUUCUCCUCUUGUUCUGAACCCCAGGACUUGCUUCGCUGCCGAGUUUUGACUUCAGGGAUAUUCGAAACAAGAUUUCAAGUUGACAAAGUGAACUUUCAGUAAGUUUCCCAUUUCCUUUAUUCUGAUGUAAUGGUACCCAUCGUUGUCUGUUGUAUUAACUGUAUGAACUUUGUACUGUACAUGGCCAUUGUGGUUUCAUAUUAUAAUGGAAAUGUCCCCACCUUGUGGUCACAGGGUCAUUUUUCAUUUCAGUUUAACUGGAUGUCAUGCAAAACAUAAAGCCUUGUUGCUUCUGUUUGUGUUAGGUUUUUAUUUGGAUGCCAUUGGGAAAUGACAAUUUUGUCUAGUAUGCACACUAAAUAGGAAAGCAGUAUCUGCUCUAAAACACCACAACACGGGAACUCAACAUACUGCCAAGUGGUUUAGUGUAGUGGUUAACUUUACCCACAAGAGCUCUGUUCCUAUCAUCAUCACUCCAUGCAGAAAACUAGUCCAAUCGACUGUAUCGCAAGGUCUUUAUUGACAAAUCCCCAUUCUAUAAGACACCUACAGUGCAUUCGGAAAGUAUUCAGACCCCUUGACUUUUUCUACAUUUUGGUACCUUACAGCCUUAUUCAAAAAUGUAUUAAAUAAAUAACAAUCUACACACAAUACCCCAUAAUGACAAAACAUAAAUACCUUAUUUACAUACAUAUUCAGACCCUUUACUAUGAGACUCAAAAUUGAUCUCAGGUGCAUCCUGUUUCUAUUGAUCAUCCUUGUGAUGUUUCUACAAUUGAUUGGACAUGAUUUGGAACGGCACACACCUGUCUAUAUAAGGUCCCACAGUUGACAGUUCAUGUCAGAGCAAAAACCAAGCCAUGAGGUCGAAGGAAUUGUCCGUAGAGCUCCGAGACGACAGGAUUGUGUCGAGGAACAGAUCUGGGGAAGGGUAUCAAAAAAUUUAUGCGGCAUUGAAGGUCCCCAAGAACACAGUGGCCUCCAUCAUUCUUAAAUGGAAGAAGUUUGGAACCAGCUAGACUCAUCCUAGAGCUGGCCGCCCGGCCAAACUGAGCAAUCGGCUAAGAAGGGCCUUGGUCAGGGAGGUGACCAAGAACCCGAUGAUCACUCUGACAGAGCUCUAGAGUUCCUCUGUGGGGAUGGGAGAACCUUCCAGAAGGACAACCAUCUCUGCAGCACUACACCAAUUAGGCCUUUAUGGUAGUGACCAAACGGAAGCCACUCCUCAGUAAAAGGCACGACAGCCCGCUUGGACCUAAAGGACUCUCAGACCAUGAGAAACAAGAUUUUCUGGUCUGAUGAAACCAAUAUUGAACACUUUGGCCUGAAUGCCAAGCAUCACGUCUGGAGGAAACCUGGCACCAUCCCAACGUGAAGCAUGGUGGUGGCAGCAUCAUGUUGUGGGGAUGUUUUUCAGCGGCAGGGACUGGGAGACUAGUCAGGAUCGAGGGAAAGAUGAACGGAGAAAAGUACAGAGAGAUCCUUGAUGAAAAUCUGCUCCAGAGCGCUCAGGACCUCCGACUAGGGUAAAGGUUCAACUUCCAACAGGACAACGACCCUAAGCACACAGCCAAGACAUCGCAGGAGUGGCUUCGGGACAAGUCUCUGAAUGUCCUUGAGUGGCCCAGCCAGAGCCCGGACUUGAACCCGAUCGAACAUCUCUGGAGAGACCUGAAAAUAGCUGUGCAGUGACGCUCCCUAUCCAACCUGACAGAGCUUGAGAGUAUCUGCAGAGAAGAAUGGGAGAAACUCCCCAAAUACAGGUGUGCCAAGCUUGUAGCGUCAUAACCAAGAAGACUCAAGGCUGUAAUCGCUGCUAAAGGUGCUUCAACAAAGUACUGAGUAAAGGGUCUGAAUACUUAUGUAAAUGUCAUAUUUCCGUUUUUCUAAAACCCUCUUUUUGCUUUGUCAUUAUGGGGUAUUGUGUGUAGAUUGAUGAGGGGAAAAAACAAUUUCAUCCAUUUUAGAAUAAGGCUGUAACGUAACAAAAUGUGGAAAAAGUCAAGGGGUCUGAAUACUUUCCGAAUGCACUGUAUAUGUUUAUAUGCACGACAACUCCUAUUCCCCCUCAGGAGACUGAAAAUAUUUGGUAUGGGUCCCCAGAUCCUCAAAAGGUUCUACAGCUGCACAAUCGAGCGCAUCCUGACCGGUUGCAUCACCGCCUGGUAUGGCAACUGCUCGGCAUCCAACCGUAAGGCGCUACAGAGGGUAGUGCGUACGACCGAGUGCGUCACUGGGGCCAAGCUUCCUGCCAUCCAAGACCUCUAUACUAGUCGGUGUCAGAGGAAGGCCCAAAACAUUUUUAAAGACUCCAGUCACCCAAGUCAUAGACUGUUCUCUCUGCUACCGCACGGCAAGCGGUACCGGAGCGCCAAGUCUAGGUCCAAAAGGCUCCUUAACAGCUUUGACCCCCAAGCCAUAAGACUGCAGAACAAUUAAUCAAAUGGCUACCCAGACUAUUUACACUGCUGCUACUCGCUGUUUAUUAUCUAUGCAUAGGCACUUUACCCCUACCUAAAUGUACAUAUUACCUCAAUUACCUCGACUAACCGGUGUCCCCGCACAUUGACUCGGUACCGGUACCCCCUGUAUAUAGCCUCGUAAUUGUUAUUUUGUAACUUUUUUUACUUUAGUUUAUUUAGUAAAUAUUUUCUUAACUCUAUUUUCUUCAAACUGCAUUGUUGGUUAAGGGCUUGUAGUAAGUAAGCAUUUCACAGUAAGUCUACAUCUGUUGUAUUUGGCUUAUGUGACGAAUAAGAUUUGAUUUGAGAUCAAGACAUGUUUGAGUUAAAUAGGCUCCUUCACACAUUGGACCAUACAGAAGUCUGCUAAAGCGUUUCUUCCUCUCUCCCAGUAUGUUUGAUGUAGGUGGCCAGAGAGACGAGAGGAGAAAAUGGAUCCAGUGCUUCAAUGGUAAAUUUGGAUUAUGUGUACGGUUUUGCUGCCCACAAUGUUGUUUUGCAAGUGUAAUGUUGGUGGUUCAGUGAACCAUGCUCGCUUAAUGAGUAACCUUACCUGAAACUGGAAGACUCACGUUAGCUCCUGACCUAAUGCCUAGGCUUUAGCUCAGCAGGCUAACACCGUCUUGAGGUGGAACAGGGACUGUCACAGUAGCUCAGCAUCAUAUACCAUCUGGAUCCACUUCCACAUUUUAAAUGGAAGAAUUCAUUAAAGGAAAAUACCACUCAAAAACUAUUUUUUGGUAUUUGUUUAAUCAGUCCAGUUUAUUUUGUUAUCAAUUUUUUACACUUAUAUUUAUUAGUUCCAAAUAAGACAAUCAACAGUUACAGAAAUAAAAUUCUUGUUUUCUACCCCCCCAACCCAAAGACAAAAACAUAACCACAACAACAACAACCCAACAUUAACAACAGAUAAAAAGAAGAGAAAAAAAGUCCUCACAUUACCAAUAAUAUAUAUAUAUUUUUUAAUCAUGCAGUCGCAGAUAAUGCAGAUUACGCUUCAACUAUAGCCAAUAUUCAUAUAAUUUUUUUUUUUGAAUAUACAGAUGUACAGUUCUAAUGCUUCUACAAUAUCACCGGUUUGCACAGAAAGAAAAAAACAGAUCCCAAAUAUCAUGAUACUCUGGGACUUUCUUUUUCACUAUAUAAAUUAAUUUGUCAAGAGCCAGGCUUGAUGUUAAUUCUUUUAACCAAUGACCAAGUGAGGGGGAACUGACAUACUUCCAGUGUAGAGAAAUUAAACGCCUAGCUUGUAAUAGACAGAGGUCAACCAUUUUCUUCUCUCUCCUAUGUAAAGAGAUAUUCUCUGGGUAAAUAUUUAGGAUGCAAAGUUUAGGGAUUAGUGGUAUUAGGGUAGAGGUAAUCUCAGAGAUAUACCGCAGCACUGAGCUCCAAAAUGUUUGUAUCGCAACACACUCCCACGGGCAAUGAAACAAGGUGCCUAGAUGUGUGUUACAUUUAACACACAGGUCUGGGAUAUUGGGGUCAAAUUUGUGAAGCUUAACAGGGGUGAUACUGUAUGUUUAGUAACCACAAGGACCGCAUUAGUAUUUUGUAGUGUGGAAAAUAUGUAAAGAUCGGUUGAAACAAACAAACAUAAAUCUAUCCUAACAGUAAAACACUGAACCCCAUUCCCCUGUCUCCCUAUCCGAGACACCCAACGCUUCCCCUCCCACAUCGCCCUAAUUGUAAAGUGUAGCCUGGUGGACCACUGAUCCAUUAAAGGGAGCAGUCUAACCUAAGCGACGCUAAACAAAACAAAGUGUCUCCUGCCUUCUCUCGGCUAUUACUCCUCAUGAACAAAACAGAAGGCAUAUCUAGCAACUUGUUAUGUGAAAUAUCACUUAGUCUUUGUUUGAAAAGUAGCAAAGAAUAAAUACACCUAAAACAGUAACGUUAGUUAGUGAAGCCUGAGAUGAACGUUAACGUUACAGUAUGAACAGUCCAAAAUUAUCUGCAACACAGGGUCUGUAGCUAGUAGCUACCAAGUAACAAAAAAUACAGAAAGUGUCACAGUAUGACGUUUUGGGACAGUAUCAACAGUGGACUAAUGAAACAAAUACCUAAAGAUAGUAUUUUAGUGGAAUUGUUCUUGUAAGAUUACAUGGUUUACGAUGUCACAGCAUCUGGUCCUCAUAAUACACACCAUAAUGCACCAAUACACACCAUUCGUGCUAAAACAACCCAUUUUAAUGUGCUCCUAUUUCUUUUAGACGUGACGGCCAUCAUCUUUGUGGCGGCAAGCAGCAGUUAUAACAUGGUCAUAAGGGAAGACAACAGCACCAACAGACUCCGGGAAUCCCUGGAUCUCUUCAAGAGCAUCUGGAAUAACAGGUUAGUCCUGGACACCUUGCCAGGCUCUCUGCCCUCUCCCAACUCAAUUAUGCCCUACUGAAAAUGUCACACCAGAUUUAGUAAUAGGCGAAUGUACCAUUUGCAUUCCAUUUUGUUGUGAUAUUUUCAAUAUCCUUUUGCAAACUGAAUGCAUUUCAAACCAGCUUUGUUUGUUUUCUGUAGCACAUUCUUGGUGAAAAUGUGUUUAGAUUACAUUGCAACACUACAUGAAUAAUAUGACCACUGGAGUAAAUAUUAUUGUAAGAGGUUGUACUUUUAGCGAUUGACAGUAAUAAUGGUAACAGACUGAAGCGUGCUUCCCAUUUAGUUUUAAUCGGUCAAGGUGGUGAUAUCAGUGUGAAUCGGUCAAACAGAAGCAGAAACAUGAGAGUUGGACAGAGAUAUUUUAUUUUUAAACCCACCCGUUCACAUUCCACUAACUCUGACGCAGUGUCAUUGUUUAAAUGCCUGUCUAGUCACAUCAUUCUUUACAAUCUUUAUUUUCAGGUUUUUACGGACCAUUUCAGUCAUCCUGUUCUUGAACAAGCAGGACAUGCUGGCUGACAAGAUCUUAGCAGGGAAAUCCAAACUUGAAGACUACUUCCCUGAGUACGCUCGCUAUACAGUGCCGGCUGAAGGUGGGUACUGAGAUGUGUGGAAAACACGCUGUUUCUCUAAGUAAAAGUUAUUAUAAACUAGAUCAUAAUAAUUGUGACGGUUUACUAACCUAGGACACACACAUUACACUCUUCCAGCAACGAAGCGUGCACCAAACUGUUGUUGUUGCUUCACAGUGAAGGACCUCCAAACCGAUCCUCAAGAUGUAUACCAAGCUUAACCCAUUUUGGAUACUCACACUUUUGAAAUUUGUGAAUCAAAUGGAAUCAUUUGCGCUGGCCCUGGAAUAAACCUUAUUUAGACCUCAUACGACCUUCUAACUUAUAGAUAUCCCAGGGACUCAAUUGCAGUAUGUAAACAAUAGCAUAAACAUGCCUUUCUUCCCCAUCAUCAAAUGAAAUUACAGAAUAGUUUGGAGCACAGAGAGCACUGGUUAGAGAUGCUCCAUAAACAUUUGAUUGCAGUUACCGUCAUCAGGCACUGCACUACAUCCAGUCCUAAUGAUAUGGGAUCCUUGUACUGAUUAACCUGGAUUUCUUCUGUUUGUCUCUUUCUGAACAGCCGUUCCAGACCCUGGAGAGGACCCUAAAGUGACCCGGGCCAAGUUUUUCAUCCGAGAUGAGUUCCUUGUACGUACCGUUUUCAUUCUAUGUACUGACUGUAGACCCUUGUGUCAUAGUGUUAACCAUUUCAGGUUUGGGGUAAUUUCCAUUUCAAUUCAGUCAAUUCAGGAAGUUAACAGAAAUGUGCAUGUCUCCCAACAGAGGAUCAGCACGGCGAGCGGUGACGGAAAGCACUACUGCUACCCCCACUUCACCUGCGCCGUGGACACAGAGAACAUCCGCCGUGUCUUCAACGACUGCCGAGACAUCAUCCAGAGGAUGCACCUGCGCCAGUACGAACUCUUG